CUUUUCUUACUUUCUUUCUCUUCUUUACCUCUUUUCUUGUUGGUAUAUUGCUACAAAUUGAAAUUAUAGCUAUCUAUCUAUCAAAGGCAGACUGUGAUUUCAACUUGCUGGCUUCUCCGCAGACUUUGGCAUCGCCACCAUGGCUCCUCCCAUCGUAUCGCGCAUCUCAAGUUUUCUUGGCAUCACAUCGUUGAAUGCAACUGGAAGAGAUGCGUACAUCAUCAUCAUGCUUCGAUCUUUGCGCAUGUUCACGGCUGGCAUCCCCAGCUUAAUCCUAGCCCUCUUCUUCUCCUCGCUCAAGUUUCCAGAUUCGCGAAUCGGAGUUUUCAUGACCUUGACGCUACUCGGCGAUGUCAUGUUAUCGCUGCUGCUGACGCUUGUGGCGGACAAGCUAGGCCGAAGAAAGAUCCUGUUCAUGGGCAGCGUGAUGAUGGCUGGUUCAGGUGUUGCUUUUGCGCUAUCGGAGAGCUUCUGGAUCCUCUUAGUCGCGGCAGUCUUUGGCAUUAUCAGUGUCACCGGUGCAGAUUGCGGACCCUUCAGGGCGGUUGAAGAGAGCAUCUUGAGUGGUUUGACAGAUGAGAAGACAAGAAGCGAUGUCCUGUCCUGGUAUGUUACGGCUACGACCAUGGCUGGUGCCAUUGGCGCUGAAGUGGCUGGGAGAACAGUGAACGCGCUGGAAAAAAGAAGCGGAAAUGUGACCAAAGCUUAUCAUGCUUUGUUCUGGGGAUAUGCUGCGUUUGGAGUCAUCGGAAGUAUUCUUUGCUUGGGGCUAAGUGACAGAUGCGAAGCUGCAGGGGAAAAACAUAUGGAGAUGAAAGAGAGGGGGCGAAGCAGCGGAGACGGUGAAGAGGAAGAGGUGCUACUAGAAUCUAUGACGCCAAGUACAACGGACAGCUUCGAUCACAACCGCGUGCGGAGUACCGGCCAAGAAGAUAUACGAAUCAAGCCACAAAAGAAGCCAGGCUACUUCAGCCAAAUCUCAAAGCAGACGCGAUCCAUUAUGUACAAGCUCUGGAUCUUACUAGCGAUCGAUUCAUUAGCAGACGGGAUGACGCCUUACUCGCUGAUGAACUACUAUGUCGACCAGAAGUUUCAUCUCUCCAAAAGCACAUUGGGAGACAUCACUUCAGCAUCGCAGUUCUUGUGUGCUGUCAGCGCUGUCUUUGCUGGACCGCUUGCGAAACGCAUCGGUCUCAUCAACACGAUGGUGUUUACCCAUCUACCUUCAUCCAUAGCCAGCGCGUUUAUCCCGUUACCGAAUUCCGUGGGAUGGACAGUCGGCCUAUUAUUGUUCCGUGCAUCACUCAACAGUAUGGACCAAGCUCCCCGUGCCGCUUUCAUCGCUGCAGUCGUGAAACCAGAGGAGAGAACCGGUGUAAUGGGCAUCACGAGUAUGCUGCGGACACUGUCAAUGAGCGUUGGCCCUUCGAUUACCGGAUUGCUGUCUGGAAACGGCACCUUCUGGGUGGCUUUCGUUGCGACAAGUUUUUGUAGGAUUACCUACGAUCUAGGCCUCUGGGUUCUGUUUGUCAACGUGAAGGUAGACCAGAGUGAUGGAAGGGAACAGGAUGCGGACAGUGUAGAUGACGAGGCAUGGAAUGGGCUACUGAGUGAUACGGAAAGUGAUGAUAGCAGCGAGGGAAGGAAGAGCAAAGAUCUCGAUCGCGGCGAUAACAGAGUUUAGAGUACAUAGAGCGACGAAGACCAUCUUGAAAUCGAAGGUUUUCUCUUAUCGGUACUACCGGCUAUCGCGCCACGCCAUCUGAGCGCUUUCACGACACCAAAUACUCUCACUUCCGCAGCGCCAUAUGGUACCACCUCAAUUUAUGUCAUGCACAUCAAAUUAACCUUCACCGUAGAUCCUACCAUACUCUGAAUCUGCCUG